AGUGGAUUGGAGAAUAUUCCUACUACGGUGUCUCGAGUCGUUCAGUUCCCCAUUGUUAGGCGUUUUCAUUAUUUAUCUUUUCCUCAAUGACGAUGGGUGAUAUGAUAUAUGAAGAACUGGAGGAUUUGAUGCAUUUUUCAGUCCACGAUUUACCAGGUCGUGGAUAUGCUGUUAUGGAGGAGAUCAGAAGGCAAGGGAAACUCUGCGAUGUCACCCUGAAGGUUGGAGACCACAAGUUCAGCGCCCACAGGAUUGUUCUGGCUGCCUCCAUCCCUUACUUCCAUGCCAUGUUUACGAAUGACAUGGUAGAGUGCAAGCAAGAUGAGAUUGUAAUGCAAGGGAUGGACCCUAGUGCACUUGAAGCUUUGAUCAAUUUUGCGUAUAAUGGCCAUGUGGCCAUCGACCAGCAGAACGUCCAGUCCCUGCUGAUUGGAGCCAGCUUUUUGCAGCUGCAGAAUGUCAAGGAUGCCUGCUGCUCCUUCCUCCAGGAAAGACUUCACCCUAAGAACUGUCUGGGCGUGCGACAGUUUGCAGAGACCAUGAUGUGCACAACACUGUACGACGCGGCCAACAGUUUUGUCCACCAGCACUUUGUGGAGGUGUCCGUGUCUGAGGAGUUCCUCAGUCUCAGGCCAGAGGAAGUACUGGAGCUGGUGGGUUGUGACGAACUCAACAUCAAAGCGGAGGAGCAGGUGUUUGAAGCAGUUCUUGCGUGGGUGCGGCAUGAACGUGAGGAGCGGGAACCUCGGCUCCCUGAGUUACUCUCCAAGACCCGUCUGCCCCUUUGUCGACCCCAGUUCUUGGCAGACCGCGUUCAACAGGAUGAACUGGUGCGCUUUUGCCACAAAUGCAGGGAUCUUGUUGAUGAAGCGAAGGAUUUCCACCUCAUGCCAGAGCGCCGUCCUCACCUGCCCGCUUUUAAGACUCGACAAAGAUGCUGUACUUCAAUCGCAGGGCUAAUAUAUGCAGUCGGUGGACUAAAUAGUGCAGGUGACUCAUUGACUGUAGUUGAAGUAUUUGACCCAAUUGGAAAUUGCUGGGAACGCUGUCAGCCAAUGAGUACAGCCCGAAGUCGAGUGGGUGUGGCAGUUGUCAAUGGGUUACUUUACGCAAUCGGUGGAUAUGAUGGACAAUCACGGCUAAGCACAGUGGAGGUCUAUAACCCAGAAACGGAUACUUGGACAUGUGUUGCUAGCAUGAACAGUCAACGCAGUGCAAUGGGAACAGUGGUGGUUGACGGACAUAUCUAUGUGUGCGGGGGCUAUGAUGGCAAAUCCUCACUCAACUCAGUAGAGUGCUACUCUCCAGAAGCCAACAGGUGGACAGUAAUGACAGAGAUGAGUGCAAGUCGCAGUGCAGCUGGGGUGACUGUUUUUGAUGGAAGGAUUUUUGUAUCUGGUGGUCAUGACGGUUUACAGAUCUUCAAUACGGUGGAGUACUACAACCAGCACACAGCUCUUUGGCACCCCGUUGCUGGCAUGAUGAACAAGCGCUGUCGCCACGGCGCUGCAGCCCUUGGCAGCCAGCUCUAUGUGGCGGGGGGUUAUGAUGGUUCCGGGUUCCUCAGCGGGGCCGAGGUGUACAGCUCAGUGGCAGACCAAUGGAGCCACCUGGUGGCCAUGAACACACGGCGCAGCAGAGUCUCACUGGUGGCAAACUGUGGCAGGCUUUACUCCGUGGGUGGCUAUGACGGACAAUCCAACCUGAGCUCUGUAGAGAUGUACGACGCUGAGACCAACCGCUGGACAUUCAUGGCACCCAUGGUGUGCCACGAGGGUGGGGUGGGUGUUGGUUGUAUACCCCUUCAGCCUGCUUAACCCCUACCAUCCCCAAAAGCCCAAAGACUUUUAGAUUUUUGUAAAUACAUUUUUAAAUCAAUUAACAAGAAAAAGGUAUAAAUGUAUGUUUCUGUAUACCUGGUACCACAGUUCAAACCAUUUGAUUUAUUUAAGUCUGGUUUAGCCAUUGUACCAUUGAAAGGUUUAUAAUGAGAAUGUUCAUAGGGCAUUAGUACAUGAGUAAACAUAUGUUGGGAUUCAGUUGCGUAGUUUGUAGGGAUACAGAGGCUGGGGUUUUGGGAUGGCCGGAGGUAACUGCCCUGACCAUUAGGCUCUAAGCUCCUAUUUGGGAGGAGCGACACUAAAUUAACUUGUAGUGAACAAGUAGAUGAAGAGAGCGAUGAAUAAAUAGCAGGACAAGUGUAGACUUUUAUCGUAUGAUGUGUGCAUCAGAAUUUACAACCUUGACGUGAUACUUCAUACCAGAAUCUGUCCCGAAUGUUACUAUCGCUAUCAAUGUCUGCACCAUUGUACUGAGGAUUGAGUUGCACUAUCUGAUCUGGAAGCCUUGUCAUGGUUUCAUAAUAUGGUACAGGUUUCACAAUGUUGGUGAAUUUCUUUGUGUUUUGGGAAAAUAGGUAUUAUUUUGAUUGGGAUCAUUUGCUUAUGAAUAUUAUUAUAAAGUAACUGACCACCAUAACUCCUUGCCCUUUGGUUGUGGGAACUGUUUUCCCAACAAGGAUCUUAGCAAAAGGGAACUGAAGAACGGUCUUCCGGUUGAUUGCAUUACGAUGCCACAACACCAAGUUGUAUAGCAACUUGAUAACCCUUCAAAUUGUUUAAACAAAAUGAACAACACAUGAGGUGCGUUCAACAGAGGAAAUAGUUUGCUAACGUAUUCCAUUUGUCUUCUGUUAGCUGCGAAAGUUCGCUAACAGUGUGAGAAGGUGGUAGUGUUCCGCGAACGUAAAAUAUCUGUUUCGGGUCUAAACUGCCACCACCUAGGCUUUCUAUUACAUGUAGUAGGAAUAGGAAAGUCAUUUUCAGUUUGAUUCUCAUUGCUAAACUGUCAUGGUAAUCCUUGCAAACAUUUAGCUUUUUAAUGUUUCACCAUAACUUUCAUUCAAAAUCGUUCAACUGAAAUUGUUCAUCACAAACAGAACCCUUGUUGAACGCACCUCUGCUCAAAGUGCAAUUUCAUAUUUUAUUAUAAAAUAGUAUGGGAGAACUUAAGUGGCUAAAAUAUGAUGAAGUGUGCUUUGAAGAGUGGAGAUGAUGCAUAGCGACGAUGUAGCUGCAAAUGUUAUGCUUUAUUACCCAAAAUAUUGAAUAUGUCAAAAGCAGACUGUGCAGCACAUUUAGGGAGCAUUCCAGUAACAUUCAGAUUUUUUUUUUUGCAUCUGCCACUGGUAACGUUGUGUGGGAGCUUACCAUUCCCUUGGAACAACAGUGGCAACCUAUUUUAAGAAUGAGGUAUUGUGUAAUGUAAUUGAAAAUGGAUUGUACAGUGAGAUGUAGUAUUGCUUUAUAGACUUGUUUGUCAGACUUUAUCUGCUGCAUUUGUCACGAUUUAAAUAACUUUCAUUUGGGAUUAAUUACUGUGAACUUUUGACAUGUUGAUGUUUAGCUUAUUUCUGCUGAUGUUCUGGUAAUAUAUUACACACACGUUUUAUAUGUAUAUAUAUAUAUUUUUUUUGGCAUUAUUAUGUUUGCAGGAUUCUUACUGCUCUUCACUUGGUACUGUCUGGUCCCAGGCUACAAAUUGUAUUUAUUAGUGCAUUUUUUUGUUGUUUCUUGAUUCUUAACUUUACGAUUAGUACUACUAUCACAAAUAUGUAAGCUUGAAGUGAUAGUGAUUUUUUUUUAUGACUUCCCUAGGGUGUUCUUUCCUCCAAACUGUUUAUGAAUUUGUUAGCAGUUCAUUUAGCAACGUCGAGACUAAUCUGACUAGCAUUUUGGGAGAAUGUAGGAUUCCAUCCGUGAGUAGGGCAUUCAAAACCAUUACAAUUGGUGCAAGUUGAGUUGCAGACAUUUUUUAAAAUAUAAACAGGGACAUCCCAUUGAGACCAUGGCCUCUUUAUAAGGGAGCACUGCACACAAUCAUAUAAAUUCCCAAUAUUUACAAUUGCAACGCAAUAAAAACAUACCAAAUUUACAAGUAACUACAAAACACGAUCAUGGAAAAACAAACACAUUCCUCAGUAAAAAGGUAAAUCAACCAGUCGUCUGAACUGCUCUAGUGGCACCAAAACAUCCAACCUUAGAGAGUUCUGGAAAUCAUUCCACAAGUAAGGUGCAAAUAAACUAAAUGCAGAUCUACCUAACUUUAGUGGACACCGAAGGGCUCUCCAGAGUUAGCCAUAUCUGAGACCGGGUCUGGUAGCUGGUACAUCUUUAGGUUACGAUGAAGUAAGGUACGGCGGAUGUUUGUGUAAGAGAGCUUUAUAAACAAAAAUAUUGCAAUGCGUUGAUCUGAGUAUUCAAAGAGGGCCAGCUUACUUUCUGAUACAGAAAGCAGUGAUAUGUACUGAACCUGUCACCUGUAAAUAAAGCGCAGUGCGCUAUGAGUAACUGCGUCCAAUGGUUUCAAUACAGUGGGAGCCGCAUUCAUAUAGACGAUAUCACCAUAAUCUAUAACCGGUAUGAAUGUCAACUUGAAUGUUUUGUUUUCUGCUACUAAAACCUCUUGGCGCACAGAUCCCUUUAGCGGGAUCAUUUUCGUCAACAUCCUGUGAAUUGCAGAGCGCCAAAUUCAAAUUAAAUUACAAAAAAUAUUUUAUGUUCAUGAAAUCACAAGUGCGACACCACCAAAACACAGUUUAGCUUGUUGUUAAUUAAUCCACUUGGCGUGUCAGAUUUCAAAAAGGCUUUAUGGUGAAAGCAAACCAUGCAAUUAUGUGAGGACAGCUCUCAGCAGACAAAACAUUACAAACAGCUAGCAGCAAAGUAGAUUGGUCACGAAAGUCAGAAAAGCUAUCAAAUUAAUCGCUUACCUUUUGAUCUCCGUAUGUUUGCACUCACGAGACUCCCAGUUACACAAUACAUGUUCAUUUUCUUCUAUAAAGAUUCUCUUUAUAUCCAAAAGCCUCCAUUUGGUUUGCGCGUUUUGUUUAGAAUCCACAGUCUCGUGUGGUCAGGACGGGUAGACGAAAAUUCCAAAUAGUAUCCGUAAAGUUCGUCGAAACUUGUCAAACGUUUUUUACAAUAAAUAAUGUUUUUACAAUAAAUUAUUGAUAAUAUUUCAUCUUCUGUUGAAUCUGAAAAUUAAUCUUAAUGGUUGUACAGUCGUCUCAAAUAAAACUGUGAAGGACCUCGACGUUACUCUGGACCCUGAUCUCUCUUUUUACGAACACAUCAAGACUGUUUCAAGGACAGCUUUUUUCCAUUUACGUAACAUUGCAUAAAUCAGACAUUUUCUGUCCAAAAAUUAUGCAGAAAAAUGUAUCCAUGCUUUUGUUACUUCUAGGUUAGACUACUGCAAUGCUCUACUUUCUGGCUACCUGGAUAAAGCACUAAAUAAACUUCAGUUAGUGCUAAAUACAGCUGCUAGAAUCCUGACUAGAAUCCUCUCUCCACUGGAAUUCUCUGCCACUAACCCUAUUACAGGGGCUGAGUCACUGGCUUACUGAUGCUUUUCCAUGCCAUCCCUAGGAGUGGGUUAAGUCACUGACGUGGUCUUCCUGUCUGGGUUGGCGCCUCCUCUUGGGUUGUGCUGUGGCGGAGAUCUUCGUGGGCUAUACUCUGCCUUGUCUCAAGGUAGUAAGUUGGUGGUUGAAGAUAUCCCUCUAGUGGCGUGGAGGCUGUGCUUUGUCGAAGUGGGUGGGCUUAUAUCCUGCCUGGUUGGCCCUGUCCUGGGGUAUCGUCAGACGGGGCCACAGUGUCUCCCGACCCCUCCUCUCUCAGCCUCCAGUAUUUAUGCUGCAAUAGUUUGUGUCGGGGGCUAUGGUCAGUCUGUUAUAUCUGGAGUCUCCUGUCUUAUCCGGUGUCCUUUGUGAAUUUAAGUAUGCCUCCUCUAAUUCUCUCGGAGGAGGACCUGAGCCCUAGGACCAAGCCGCAGGACUACCUGGCCUGAUGACUACUUGCUGGCCCGUCCACCUGGUCGUGCUGCUCCUCCAAUUUCAACUGUUCUGCCUGCGUCUAUGGAACCAUGACCUGUUCCCUUGUCCCGGACCUGCUGUUUUCGACUCUCUCUACCACACCUGCUGUCUCUGACUGAUCGGCUAUGAAAAGCCAACUGACAUUUACUCCUGAGGUGCUGACCUGUUGCACCCUCUACAACCACUGUUAUUAUUAUUUUACCCUGCUGGUCACCUAUGAAUGUUUGAACAUCUUGGCCAUGUACUGUUAUAAUCUCCACCCGGCACAGUCAGAAAAGGACUGGCCACCCCUCAGAGCCUGAUUCCUCUCUAGGUUUCUUCCUAGGUUCUGGCCUGUUCAGGUAGUUUUUCCGAACCACCGUGCUUCUACACCUGCAUUGCUUGCUUUUUGGAGUUUUUGGCUGGAUUUCUGUAUAGCACUUUGUGACAUCGGCUGAUGUAAAUGUCUUUUAUUAUUUAGCCUUUGUUUAACUAGUCAAGUCAGUUAAACUAGUCAAGUCAGUUUCUUGGCGCAAGCAAGGCUUUUCUUAUUGAUGUCCUUUAGUAGUGUUUUUUUGUUGUUGCAGCAAUUCAACCACGAAGGCCUGAUUCACACAGUCUCCUCUGAACAGUUGAUGUUGAGAUGUGUCUAAUACUUGAUCUCUGAAGCAUUUAUUUGGUCUGCUCCUUUUAAAAAGUUGCAAGCUUACACCGCAGGACUUAGAGGUACCCAGUGUCACGGCUACAUUGCUCCAGACCACCACAAGGAGGAGUUAGAGCACUCACUAUGCAUUUGGUUCCCAAGGUUUUUAGAGACAAACGAUUGUGCAUAUUUUUUGGUUAUACAUUUAAAUGACGAAAAUGGCUAUUUAGCAAGUUAGCUGACAUGAGUAUGAAAUUGUAAUUCGUGUUUGUUUUAGGGACUCCUGGGAAAACCAGCAAACCAGGCUGUCUUGUGAAACAGUCAAUAUAUGAAGAAUCUAGCUAGCUAAUCCAUUUACUGCUAAUUGAAUGUACAAUUGUGAAAGCUUGCCUUGCUUAUAUUUGCCAUGCAAUGCAGCUGAAGUAACUUCACUACACAAUAAGCAAAUAAAUUGUUAGCAGAGGAUAAAAAUAACUAUGCCUAAUGAUGUGUAGCUAGCUACAGUAUGUGUAUGUGCCGAUCUGUGUAUGGACCCUAAAACUUUUGGUUCUGAACUAAUAUUUAUACUAUCUAUGAACCUCAGCUAUCAUAGUUGUUGAAUUGACGUCAAGUCUGAAUGUCAUUAAUGAAGCCUAUUGAACCAAGUAUGCAAGUCCUAUGUACUGUAGCUUUACCACGCAUGAGAUCCCCACAUUGUAGCCUGUACAUUGAAUAUAUUCACUGAUCAUUUACUCUUCCUUAGCAAAUAAAGGUGCGGUUCAGGUA